AUGGGGUCCCUGUUCCGGAGCGAGACCAUGUGCCUGGCGCAGCUCUUCCUGCAGUCCGGCACGGCCUACGAGUGCCUCAGCAUCCUGGGCGAGAAGGGCCUGGUCGAGUUCCGAGACCUCAACCAGAAUGUAAGUUCUUUCCAAAGAAAAUUUGUUGGUGAGGUGAAGCGAUGUGAAGAACUGGAGCGAAUAUUGGCAUACUUGGUGCAGGAAAUCAAUAGAGCUGAUAUUCCCCUCCCUGAGGGGGAGACCAGUCCUCCGGCACCACCUCUGAAACAAGUGCUGGAAAUGCAGGAGCAGUUGCAGAAGCUGGAGGUUGAGCUGCGAGAGGUCACUAAGAACAAGGAGAAGCUGAGGAAGAACCUGCUGGAGCUGAUUGAGUACACCCACAUGCUGCGAGUGACCAAGACCUUCGUCAGGCGCACUGUGGAGUUCGAACCCACUUACGAGGAAUUCCCUCCCUUGGAGAACGAGUCUUUGUUGGACCACAGCUGUAUGCAGAGGCUGGGAGCGAAACUGGGAUUUAUAUCUGGCCUAAUUAACCAAGGAAAAGUUGAAGCAUUUGAAAAAAUGUUGUGGAGGGUCUGCAAAGGGUACACCAUUGUGACCUAUGCAGAGCUGGAUGAGCCCCUGGAAGACCCUGAAACAGGAGAAGUCAUAAAAUGGUAUGUGUUUUUGAUAUCCUUUUGGGGAGAACAGAUUGGCCACAAGGUUAAGAAGAUAUGUGAUUGUUACCACUGCCACGUUUACCCUUACCCGAACACAGCCGAGGAGCGCAGAGAGAUCCAGGAGGGACUGAAUACCCGGAUUCAAGAUCUUUACACAGUGCUUCACAAAACCGAGGACUAUUUAAGGCAAGUGCUGUGUAAAGCCGCCGAAUCAGUCUACAGCCGCGUGAUCCAGGUGAAGAAGAUGAAAGCCAUUUACCACAUGCUGAACAUGUGCAGCUUCGAUGUGACCAAUAAGUGCCUCAUUGCGGAGGUCUGGUGUCCUGAGGCUGAUUUGCACGAGCUGCGAAGGGCGCUGGAGGAGGGCUCGAGAGAGAGCGGUGGUACGAUCCCCUCAUUCAUGAACACAAUCCCAACAAAAGAAACUCCCCCGACCCUGAUCCGCACCAACAAAUUCACCGAGGGGUUUCAGAACAUCGUGGAUGCCUACGGGGUCGGGAGCUACCAAGAAGUGAACCCAGCUCUCUUCACCAUCAUCACUUUCCCCUUUUUAUUUGCUGUGAUGUUUGGAGACUUUGGACAUGGUUUUGUGAUGUUCUUAUUUGCCCUCCUGUUGGUGUUAAACGAAAAUCAUCCCAGACUAAAUCAGUCACAAGAGAUCAUGCGGAUGUUCUUCAAUGGUCGCUAUAUCCUCCUGCUGAUGGGGCUGUUCUCCGUGUACACGGGCCUCAUCUACAACGACUGCUUUUCCAAGUCAGUCAACCUCUUUGGCUCCAGGUGGAACGUGUCUGCCAUGUACAGCUCCAGUCACAGCCCGGAGGAGCAGAAGAAGAUGGUGCUUUGGAAUGACAGCAUCGUCAGGCACCACAGCGUGUUGCAGUUGGAUCCCAGUGUCCCCGGAGUGUUCCGAGGCCCUUACCCUUUUGGCAUUGAUCCUAUUUGGAACUUGGCCACGAAUCGUCUCACUUUUCUAAACUCUUUCAAAAUGAAGAUGUCUGUGAUUUUAGGGAUUACUCACAUGACUUUCGGAGUCAUUCUGGGAAUAUUUAACCACUUGCAUUUCAGGAAGAAGUUCAAUAUUUAUCUGGUUUCCAUACCAGAACUGCUAUUCAUGCUCUGCAUCUUUGGAUAUCUUAUAUUUAUGAUCAUCUAUAAGUGGCUGGUUUUUUCAGCUGAAACCUCCAGAACUGCUCCUAGCAUUCUGAUUGAAUUUAUCAGCAUGUUUUUAUUCCUGGCUAGUGACACAAGUGGUUUAUACCCAGGGCAGGAGCACAUCCAGAGGCUGCUGCUGGCCAUCACGGUGUUGUCAGUUCCCGUGCUUUUCUUGGGAAAACCACUCUUCCUGCUGUGGCUACACAAGGGGCGCAGUUGUCUCGGGGUCGGCAGGAGUGGCUACACACUUGUAAGGAAAGAUAGCGAGGAGGAAAUUUCUUUGCUGGGAGGCCAAGACAUAGAAGAGGGGAACAACCAAAUGGAAGAUGGAUGCAGAGAAGUGAUGUAUGAAGAGUUUGAUUUUGGAGAAAUAUUAAUGACCCAAGUAAUUCAUUCCAUCGAGUACUGUCUGGGAUGCAUCUCCAACACUGCUUCGUACCUGAGGCUCUGGGCACUCAGUUUGGCUCACGCACAGUUGUCUGAGGUCCUGUGGGCCAUGCUGAUGCACGUCGGCCUCCGGGUAGACACAACCUACGGGGUCUUGGUGCUGCUCCCAGUGAUUGCUCUCUUUGCAGUAUUGACAAUUUUCAUCCUUUUGAUCAUGGAAGGGCUUUCUGCAUUUCUUCAUGCCAUCCGCCUCCACUGGGUAGAAUUUCAGAACAAAUUCUACAUUGGUGCAGGCACCAAAUUUGUUCCUUUCUCAUUCAGAUUACUUUCUUCGAAGUUCAGUGAUGACCUGGCGUGA